AUGUGCUGCUUUGGUAAGCGUAAUGCCGUUGGAGACUUUCUCAAAACUUUCGUGCCUUGUGUUUGCCUUAUCCUAUUUGGUGGAGUGGCACUUAUCAUUGUUGGGAGUUUCCUUGUGAGACCAGAUACUAGCAAAAGUGCAUAUAAAGCGGCUGUGAAUGACAUUGAUCCCACACCUAUCCAAGCGUGGUCUGGCACCAUCAACGGCGAACCUGCUUAUUAUUUUUAUGAUGUCCUUCAAGUUCCUUUUGGGGAUUAUGUCUAUUCUUACUUUAUUGAGGCUGACGUUCCUUUGGAGGUUGAUCCUCCAUCAAUGCUGAGUUUUACCGUGAACAUCAACACUGUCCAAAACUUCACACGAACUGUUUCUCGAAGAAUCACUGAGGAGAGGACAAUUGAGUGUUCUAUGAGUUCCUGUUCAUCCUCGAGCGGAUCGUGUAGCUGUUACACUGCUGCGCUUGAUUUUCAAGCUAAUUGUAGUGCUUCCGGUGGAAAUUUUACUCCCACUAGUCCCUCAUGUGGUGAAAACAGCUUUUGUGGUACAUGUGCGCAGUACAAGUAUCUGUCGGGAUUGUAUCUUGUAGCUAGUGAGAUCAGUCCAGGGGUGUACAAGGAGGACUCCACUCUACGCAGUGCCAUUUACGAUUUUGGUGAGCUGGCGAAUAUUUACCAGGUGUCGGAACCAUCCAGCGUUGUGGUACGCCUGUACAGCGACAAGGACCCUUUCAUAGCGCUACAGCGGCUGAACCAUGGUGUGGCACCUUUUGGUGCUCCCCGCCGUACUGCUGGUAUCGUCAUGAUUGUCUUUGGUUCUGUCAUUCUGUUGCUGGAAAUCGGUGCCUGUGUGGCAUUGAUCUGCUACUGUGUGCGACGAAACAACAAACCUACAAACAACAGUUUCGACGUACCAACAACGUCCAAUCAAGGAAUUACUGACUCACCGGGAUACACGGGACCCACUGGAUAUGGACAACCACCACAACAACCACAAGGUUAUGGUUAUGGACCGGCACCUGUUCAAGGGUAUCUUCCUGGGAGAACUGAGUCGGCUGAAGCAUCCAAUGAUUUUCCUGAGAAGAAAUAA